GCGAAAAUGGUACAAAACCCUAAUUUAUCUUUUUCUUUCUCUCUUUCUUUCAGCUAUUAGGCCUCGUUUGGAUUAGAUCAAUUUUUUGUUCCAAUCCCUUGACCUGUUCGCCAUACAAAUUCUCAUCCCUUCUUCAUUUCCCGAGAUCAGAAAAAGAGAGAGCGAUCCAAUACGACCAAAAGUUGCAAUUUUACUAUUGUUUUUCAAUUCGAUUCUUCCAUGAUUAGACCAACUCGGCUGCUUCGAAGGAGAUUGCUCUAAUUUCCAGAUUGUAAGGUAUAAUUUUCUUCAGAGAGAGAAGAGAGGAGGGAGAGAGAGAGAUGGAGACGAAUUCGAAAUUGGAAGGGACGUCGGCGCCGGCGAUACGGCGGGACCCCUAUGAGGUGCUGUGCAUUUCGAGGGAUUCGACUGAUCAGGAGAUUAAAACCGCUUACAGAAAGCUUGCUCUCAAGUAUCAUCCAGACAAGAAUACCAACAAUCCUGAAGCUUCAGAACAUUUCAAGGAGGUUGCAUUUUCGUAUAGCAUCUUGUCGGAUCCAGAGAAGAGGAGGCAGUACGACAGUGCAGGGUUUGAGGCUCUUGAUGCUGAUGCCAUGGACAUGGAAAUUGACUUGUCAACUGGGACUGUCAAUACAAUGUUUGCUGCUUUAUUCAGCAAGUUGGGUGUCCCUAUCAAGACGACAAUUUCCGCCAAUGUACUUGAAGAAGCUCUUAAUGGUACAGUUACAGUCAGACCUCUCCCAAUUGGAGCUUCAGUUAGUGGAAAGGUGGAAAAACAGUGUGCUCACUUUUUUGGUGUAACAAUCAGUGAGGAACAAGCCGAAUCAGGGAUUGUAGUUAGAGUUACCUCAACUGCACAAAGCAAAUUUAAGUUACUUUAUUUCGAGCAAGAUGUCCAUGGUGGUUAUGGUUUAGCCUUACAGGAAGAUAGUGAGAAGACAGGCAAAAUAACGUCUGCAGGGAUGUAUUUUCUGCAUUUUCAAGUAUACAGAAUGGAUUCGACUUUGAAUGCGUUGGCUAUGGCAAAGGACCCUGAAGCUGCUUUCUUUAAGAGGUUGGAAGGUCUUCAACCUUGUGAGGUUUCAGAACUAAAAGCUGGCACUCAUAUAUUCGCUGUUUAUGGAGACAAUUUUUUUAAGACUGCUACCUAUACAAUUGAGGCACUUUGUGUAAGGUCAUACGAGGAUACGACGGAGAAGCUUAAAGAGAUUGAGGCUCAGAUUUUAAGAAAGAGAAAUGAACUUCGUCAAUUUGAGACAGAGUACAGGAAGGCAUUGCAACGCUUUCAAGAAGUGACCAACAGAUACACCCAAGAAAAGCAAUCUGUAGAUGAGCUGCUGAAACAGAGAGACCAUAUCCAUUCUUCCUUCACUAUCACCAGGACAAACAGUAUCAUCGUGGGUGGUGGUAGUGGUACGGCUAACGGCAGCUCUAGCAAAAAUCCUGGCGAGGAUUCAAAGGCGGAGAGCCCAGUGGAAGAUGGAGGCUCUGACGGGAAGGAUAAGUCGGGUAAAAAGAAAUGGUUCAAUCUUAACCUCAAAGGAUCAGAUAAAAAACUUGGUUGAGAAUCCGUCUGUCUGGAAUAUUUUUUAUUAUUUGAGAUGUUUCAAUAUCCAUUCGUGUCAAAUGCUCGCGCAGUUCUGUUGCGUAGGGGCUCGUCUUGUAUCGCCUUUUCUUUGAAAUUUUUCUCUUAUAGGUUGCCCAAUUGUUGUUCUUGGUGUUAUCAUAUGUUGUAGUUUUGCUUCUGUAAAACGUGCCAGUUAGAAAAUGCAUCUGUAUAAAUUAUUAAAUUUCAUAA